ACCAGCCCUACCACCUCGAGCUUGUUACUCUUUCUACCUAGACAACCACCCUACCAGUUACUGCGUCCCAGCACCUCAAGAUGUCUGGCAGUGCAGGAUACGACAGACAUAUUACGAUCUUCUCAGAUCAGGGAAGAUUGUACCAAGUCGAAUAUGCCUUCAAGGCCAUCACUGCUGCGAAUAUCAUGUCGAUUGGUGUCAGAGGAAAGGACUGUGCGGUUGUAUUGUCGCAGAAGAAGGUCCCUGACAAGCUCAUCGACCCCUCCUCUGUAUCCCACAUCUUCAAACUGUCACCCUCAGUGGGCUGUGUAAUGACGGGUUCCAUCGCCGAUGCGAGAGCCUCUGUCCAAAGAGCCAUUGGUGAAGCCGCGGAAUUCAGGUACAAGUUUGGAUACGAGAUGCCCUGCGAUGCCCUAGCAAAGAGGAUUGCCAAUAUCAGCCAAGUUUAUACUCAACGGGCUUACAUGCGUCCAUAUGGCGUUGCUACUACGUUGAUUUCAUUGGAUUCCGAGUACGGUCCACAAUUGUACAAAUGUGACCCAGCAGGCUACUAUACCGGCUACAAGGCCACAGCCUCAGGUCCCAAGCAGCAAGAGGCGUUCAAUCAUCUUGAGAAGAAGCUCAAGAACAAGGAUUGCGCAGAAGGCAGCUGGGAGGAGGUUGUGGAGCUUGCCAUCACUACGUUAAGCACGGUCCUAAGCGUGGAUUUCAAGAAGGGCGAAUUAGAGAUCGGAAUCGUGGGUGGGCCAAGAACGGACGGGAAGGAGGGUACCGACCCAGGAUUUAGAGCUCUGACUGAGGAGGAGAUCGAUGAGAGAUUGCAAGCGAUUGCGGAGAAGGACUGAGGGUUGAAGUGGUAAUGAUAUCCAGAAGAGCGUUUAGCUUUCGGGGUCCCCGAUCAACUUUCGACUACAAAAGGGCUCUUUGCUACUUUGGCUUUUCAACGGUGUAUUAGAACAUAGAAGGACUGGCGUGAGCCACGUCUUCCUAAUCUUGUGUCAUUAGUCUCAAUCACAUCUGGGGGGGAAGCCGGACUCCAAAGCCUCGUGUAUUAUUGGUGGUCUUGUUGGCGAGGGACCC